CCUACGAGGCUCGACAUAAAACUCACCCAUCUGCUUCCCUCCCCCUAAACCCAAAUUCGAUCCAUUCAAAAAUGGAUCUCAUCUUCCUCCAAAAAGCCUUAUACGCAAUCUUAUUCGCCAUUAUAGUAGCAAUCACAAUCUCCAAACUCAAGGGUCGCAAAUUCAAACUCCCACCCGGCCCGUUACCCGUACCCAUAUUCGGUAACUGGUUACAAGUGGGUGAUGAUUUAAACCACCGCAACUUAACCGAUCUCGCCAAAAAAUUCGGCGAUAUUUUCCUCUUAAGAAUGGGUCAAAGAAAUCUGGUUGUCGUCUCAUCCCCUGAACUCGCUAAAGAUGUUCUCCACACUCAAGGUGUCGAAUUCGGAUCUCGGACCCGAAACGUCGUAUUCGAUAUCUUCACCGGAAAAGGUCAAGAUAUGGUGUUCACCGUAUACGGCGAGCACUGGCGUAAAAUGCGACGGAUCAUGACGGUUCCAUUUUUCACGAACAAAGUUGUGCAACAAUACAGAUUUGGUUGGGAAGCGGAAGCGGCGGCUGUUGUAGAGGAUGUGAAGAAGAAUCCGGUUGCUGCAACAGAUGGGAUUGUAUUGAGAAAACGAUUGCAGUUGAUGAUGUAUAAUAAUAUGUAUAGGAUUAUGUUUGAUCGGAGAUUUGAGAGUGAAGAUGAUCCUCUGUUUAAUAAGCUUAAGGCGUUGAAUGGUGAAAGGAGUAGAUUGGCUCAGAGUUUUGAGUAUAAUUAUGGUGAUUUUAUCCCUAUUUUAAGACCAUUUCUUAGUGGUUAUUUGAAAUUGUGCAAGCAAAUUAAGGAUACAAGGUUGCAGCUCUUCAAGGAUUAUUUUGUUGAUGAACGAAAGAAGUUAGGGAGUACAAAGGCAGCAAGCAGCAAUGAAGUAAAAUGUGCCAUUGAUCAUAUCUUGGAGGCUGAAGAUAAGGGAGAAAUUAAUGAAGAUAAUGUCCUUUACAUUGUUGAGAAUAUUAACGUCGCUGCAAUUGAGACAACACUAUGGUCAAUCGAGUGGGGAAUAGCAGAAUUAGUGAAUCACCCAGAAAUUCAAACAAAGGUAAGAGAAGAAAUGGACAGAGUUUUAGGAAAAGGACACCAAAUUACAGAACCAGACACAACUAAAUUGCCCUACCUACAAGCAGUCAUCAAGGAAACUCUAAGACUACGAAUGGCUAUUCCUCUCCUAGUUCCUCACAUGAACUUACAUGAUGCUAAACUCGCGGGCUACGAUAUUCCAGCAGAGAGCAAGAUCCUAGUUAACGCGUGGUGGUUAGCUAACAAUCCCGCUCACUGGAAGGACCCUCACAAGUUUAGGCCAGAGCGAUUCUUAGAGGAGGAAUCUAAGGUCGAAGCCAAUGGAAACGACUUUCGAUAUCUUCCUUUUGGUGUAGGCCGAAGGAGUUGCCCUGGCAUCAUCCUUGCCCUUCCUAUACUCGGGAUUACUAUUGGUCGAUUGGUUCAAAAUUUCGAGCUCUUGCCACCUCCAGGACAGGCUAAGCUUGACACUACUGAGAAAGGUGGACAAUUCAGCUUGCAUAUUCUCAAGCACUCUACCAUUGUACUCAAGCCUAGGAACUAAACAACCUAUUCUUUUUGCUCUCGUCUUUGGCUGCCACCUUGUGCUUUUUUAUGGCAGUCUUGUUUCUUUACUUCAACUAUUUGGAUUAAAAUUUGUACUUGACAUGAAAUUUUAAGCAUAAGCGUCACAAUUUCAUGCGCUUGUA